GAGCAGAGCUCACAUGCACACUGUACAUGAGACAUUGUAGUAGCACAGGAUAGAGAGAGAGAGAGAGAGAGAGAGAGAGAGAGAGAGAGAGAGAGAGAGAGAGAGAGAGGGAGAGAGAGAGAGACAGGGAGGUGCUGCAUUCAUUCUAUGUCAGAUAACCAGGGCGUUUAGGUACUGUAGUCAUUUUUAACAACAUACUUGCUGACAUGAAUGACAUCAAGCUGGCUCUGUUGGGCAGCGAGGGGGCUGGGAAAUCAGCCGUUCUGGUGAGGUUCUUGACAAAACGCUUUAUUGGAGAGUAUGCGUCCAAUGCCAAUUCUUUGUACCGUAAAAGGCUGUCCAUUGAGGGAAGACAGUUAAACUUAGAAGUCUUUGAUCCAUGUUCACAGAGUGGAGAGAGCAGAUGUAUCCUGGAGGAACCUGUGGAGUGGGCCGAUGGCUUUGUGGUGGUGUACGACAUCAGCGACCGCACAUCCUUCCUUAAUGCUAAAAACAUCCUACGUCAGAUCAAAGAGGCCCGUGAGGAGGGCUGUAAGGGGGAGGUGGACAUCCCUAUCUGCUUGGUGGGGAACAAGCAGGACCUGUGCCAUACCCGCCAAGUGUUUGAAGAGGAGGCGCGCGCCCUGGCCCAAGAGUACCGAUGUUACUUCCAGGAAGUGUCGGCUGCUGAAGACUAUGUGGAUAUCUCUAACCUCUUCACCAAGCUCAUCCGCCACGUGAUGGAGUACCUGAAAUACCGCGCAGACCGCCGACGUUACAGCGGCUCCAAGUCAAUGGCCAAGCUCAUCAAUAACGUCUUUGGCAAGAGGAGGAAGUCUGUCUGAGCUCAGGGUGGGGUGGAGUGGAUCUUCAGCUGGGUGUGGGAUGGAUGGGAGUAACAUCUGUGAUAGGAUGACAUAAGCUUGACUGUGUCUUUCGGAUGAUUUGACCACAGAGGACAGAAUCAGGAGUUCAAUAACAUUAUAUAUAUUAUACGUUUAUCAUCUGACGACAAGAUAUCAGUUAUUUAAUUCGUUUUGAUGAUCUUGUCUUUGAUUCUUCUCAAUCUUAUGCAGAAUGGAAGUCUCUCUAGUGCAUUAUUAUACAAUGCAAUUCCCAAACAAUUUGAAGAAAAGGUUGGGCAACAAAAGUUUUUAUUUUAUUUUAGGACUUAUAUAUCUCUGGCAGGACAUUUGAAAUUAAAUUUAAGGAAUGGGUUUGCUCUGAAGUUUAAAUGUACAUUUCACUGCUCAAAGAGGGCGGGAACAAGGAAAGAAUUAUGGCUAAAUUGCCUUACUUACUUUUGACAUUUGACAUUAAAAGAUAUCCCUUUGAAUUUAUGCUGUGGCUGUAUAACAUUGCCUGUUUUUCCUUUUCUGUCAAAAUGGGUGAAAUUGCUUUUUUGUGAAAAAUUUCUUCAGCAGCAAUAUCUAGGCCCAUUUGUUACAUAAAAAUAAUAGUUGUUUGCAUUAACCUAUUAUGCAGAUAUCUCAACAUAAUGUGAGUAUAUAUUACAUAUAUUACAGAAUUUACAUAUAAUCUAUAAAACAGGAGGCAUACAUAGUUUUUGUUUUAGUCUUAGUGUUAGUAUAUAAUUGCACUUACAAAAGAUACGAGUGUGUCUGGAGUAUUGAAUGUAUUAUUCUGUCAUAAUAUGUAGCCAACUCAAUAUAUUCAUUGUUAAAUCUGGUAAAAGGGGUAUGGAACAUACAUAUGGAAUCUACCGCUUCUGUGUCUUGGAAAAUAUAUGAAAAGAAGGCACAACAGCAUGCAUUAAUAAAACUAC